AGUCAGUUCUGUCACUGUCAAAUUAAUUAUGGACUGCAGUUGCACUUCCUAGAAAUUUCAAUAUAAAUUCAAAAAGAUUCAAAUAUCUUUAAAGUAAAUCUUUUGAAGGUAGGAGAAAAAAUAUAAUAUUCAUGUUCUAAUUCUCAAGCAACAUACCCUCAUUUGUGUUAUAUAAAUCAAAACGUGGCCCCUUCUGACUCAUUGCAUCGGUCUAAGGACAUCAGCCGCAGGUCGGCCAGGAUGCAAAUUUUUCGUAAUUUAACAACUAAACAUCAAAUCCAGCACCAAUGUCAGCGAAAGUGAUGGAGACGCGGUACUACGAGGGCUGUGGGAGGGAAGGCCCGAUCCGCUGCAUAUUCCUGGGGGAAUUCCACCCUGUGGCUGGCCCCAAGAUAGCAUGUCAGUUUCCCGAAGACUACAUAUCAAAAGAAGUUUUUGAUGCUAUCAAUGCCUACAUCAUUCCUAAACCACAAAUACAGAAAUGCACCAUGACAAUAAAUGCCCUUGGUCACAAAAUUAUUGGUUACCCAAUCAAGAUAGACAGUGCCCGGUACGAGAGAAAUGCAUACCUGUUCAAUCUGUGCUUCAUCUGUGAUAGUUGGUCAAAAACUGUACAGUACGAGCCCGUUGUGAAGAAGCUUGGGGAGCAUUUGACUAUAAUGGAGGAAGAAACUCGCUUUGUUUCCAGUGGAUCCUCCAAGUUGCCCACACUGCUGGCUCAUUUGCUUCACGAUCUCAAUACUCACAGGAAAGCCACUCUUGUUGAAGGCGACACGGUAAUGCAUCUAAAGGUGCUGGAGAUCCGCAAAGACCCGGCGCCCGCCCACGACCACGACGUGCCGGUGCUGGUGGCGUCCGUGGGGCUCCCGCGCCCGGGCCGCCCGCCCCGCACCACCCCGCGCGAGGGCGCCAAGCCGCUGCAGACCAGCCAAGAGCAUAUUGACAUAGAGGAUGAAGAGCCGUUUGAAGUGGACAUGGAUGCGGAUUGGGAUCUUACCACGAGACAGCUGUUGCCGUACAUAAAUGGCUACAACCACAUAUCGAAAAUUGCCGCUGACACUAAUGUCGAAAAGACAUUGGUAAAGUCGUGCAUUCAGAAUCUGGUUUACUACGGUGUGGUAACUCUGAUCCCAGUUUUGAAGUUCAGCAACAUGUAUCGUGCAACCCCGAAGAUGGGCAGACUAUUUUGCGAUCAAGAACUACAAAAGUCUUGCCUCACCUAUAUUACGAACGGGUCCGAAUCAAAAGAACAGCCGACGCUGCCCGACAUCCUGGAGAUCCUGUGUUCGCUGCAGCAGGGCACGACCCUGAGAGCAGUCUGCGAGCGCUUCUCCGCCACUCGCGCCGCCGCCAUCGACAUAAGGAGGCUGGUGGUGUUUGCACUGCUGCACGGACUCAUCAAGUGCUUGAAAAGAUACCCAGUGUACAUCCGUCAGCCGGCGCGAGCCAACGGCUACACUCGGGAGCCUGCCGGCAUCAGACGGCUGUUCACCGGCCGCCAUUGUUGCGACGAGAUCUGUUGCCUCGCGCGCAUCGACCAGCCCACCCUGGACCAGAUCAUCGAGGACGACCCCAAUGUCGCCAUCAUCUGGAGGUAGACGGGUGCUGAGGUAGGUGGCGCCACUAGUCUUGGAUGUUGGAACUAUAGAGAUUCAGUGGAAUCCAACUUUACUUACCAAACAUAAG